CGUCAUCCUCGUCGACGAACGUGUAGCCAGUCGGAUAUGGAUCACGCCGUCGAGAAUGCAUUUAUUCAAAGGCUUAACGCUUUAAGAGGCGCUGUAACAGGUGGCUCCUGCACAGGUAGGAAAGGCUAGUAUGGUUGACCCGAACAAUGGCUAUCAUGGUCAAUGUUUGCAAUAUAUUUGCCAUAUUUAUAUAUUGCAAAUAGAAUGACUAAUGCCCUGUGCCUCACAAAAGCUAAAUCGUAAGGAUGUUGCGAAGUAGAAUUUUCCACGAAGCCUCAUCUAGCGAUUCAAACGUUAGACUCAUCCGAACGCGUCACAUUGGUGGCCGUUACGGUAACCUCAGUAAAGAUGGUUCGAAACCCCUAGUGCAAUUUGAACACGGUUGUUAACUAUUUGAUUUUCAUUCCAAGCUCCUUCUUAGACUUCUUUUCAAUCGCAGCAAUUGGCCGGCCAGGUACGGUUUAAUCCUGUACCAGAUGGAAAGAAAGACUUAUUUAAUACAAGUUCCAAGUAAACAGAUAUGAACUGAGAAAAGUUAAAAUAAACACAGGGGCAUUGAAACCUUCCACAGCCUGAUCCAGCUUUUUGGGAAAACAAGGUUUACGAAUGCAAGUGCAAAAUGGUCACCAAACAUUGGGCUGGUAAAAUCGGAACAAUGCAUGUAGUUAAAGAAAUUUAUCACACAUAAAGAAUGCAAAAAAUGGCAAAUGAAAUGGACAAAACAGUGAAUUGUUGCAUUGUGAUGUUGGAAUGUGUGCAACAUGUAAAAACGCUGCUGUAAAAGCUCCUUCGUUACGAUAAAUCGGACUGAUGAGCCUAUGUAUAGUUUAUAGUAAUUCGAAUAUAGCAAUAUACCGGACUCACUCCAAAGCUGUACAGGAUGUACAGAAUCUAUAUAUAUAUAUAUAUAUAUGAAGCCACUGUGGGCAUACCGGUGCUUGCAAAGUUUGUGCAUUUUGCGUUAAAGAGUGUCAGGUCUCUUAAUGAUAGUAGGGAAACAGAAUAAAUAUAAAAGGUACCGAAAGAUUCGAUGCGACAUAAACCAAUAUUUUUAUACGAAAUUAUUAGCAAAACUUACCAGAUUAUCGAAAAUAACCGAGUUAAGAAUCGAGUGGGUUCGGGCGAGGCAAGUGAUAGACGCGCUGGUAGCGAAACGGAAGCAAUUUUAGAAAAAUGAUGUACAACUGAAACGAAGGCAAGAAUGUAAGGUGGAUUAGUCCUGUGUGGUUUAGAGUAUGAUAGCGAAUAAUGAAUAACGGAUAGAGAUGUGAAGCGGCUCGAUUAAAACCUAAUCUCGACAUAAUUCAGGAAGUCGAUGCAGCAAAACACAAUGAAUGUUGUCUAAUCUUGAAAAAAAUAUUUUGAAGUUAAAUCUCUCAGCUCAAGUAAAAACAGGGCGUUAGUGUAUGCACUGCAAGACGUUUGUCCAGUCCGUAAUUUUGAAUUCUUAUGCUUUAAGUCAAAUCGUUUCCUUCUUUCCAGUCAGAACACAAAAUUUCCUAUUUUUACUAAUUGCCCAUCUUCGCGGCUUAUACAGGGAGUUGAGACUAUACAUUAUUUACGCUAUAAUUCCAACACAACGACACAAAACAGCGCGUUUCAGCCUUCGCCGCCCGGAUAAGUUACAAACCUGUGAAAAGAAAAAGAGAUAAAAAAAGUUUUAUAAAGUCGAACUCAUGCUACAGGUGCGAUGCAAGAUUCGUGCAGUUCUACAAAGCCCAGUUAAUACUAAAUGUUCAACCAUUGCUACGAUAUUUGUUUUAUCUUUUGAUGGUCAAUUGGUGUUUUGACUUUCACGCGCAUGCAUACGGAACAAAAUUAAUUUCUAAUUACUGGAUUCAAUGUUUUAUGUUUCUUACAUUUCGGAAAAUUUAACAAUCUCAAAACUAUGAUCAUCUAAAAUUAUUGUAACAGGCAUCAUUAUGUUAUGUAUCUUUUUGCUGAAACUUGAAAUCAAUAACCAGCAAUUUAAACUGAUCUGCUAUUCUCGGUCCGUUACUCAAUGUUGGCACCGUUACUGCCAGUCUCGAAUUCAAUUCGGAAGUUUAGUUUUUAGUCACGUUUUCACGUAGCAUCUUUUAAUCUCCAUUUGUGACCAUACGUCCAGACAAAUGUGUAGAGUUCUCAAUUUUUGAGGUAGCUUUUCGUUAGUAGCCGUUAACAUAUCAAACGUUUUCUAUGUAGACUUUCAAAUCGCGUUCUUACUUGGACAAACGAACAGCCCAUUAGUUGUGUUUUUAAAAUCAUUAUAGAGAAAAAAUAAAAUAAAUUCUGUGCAAAACCAAAGGCUAGAGCAUGCAAAUGAAAAGUACGCUAAUAAGCCUUAACAGUGAGCUGACAAAUUUUUCAGCUGUAAAUUUAGGCAAACUAAACCGUCGCACAUUCAGAUUCCUAUAGGUCAUCAGCGAGUCGAACAUAAACAUAUCGGGCGAUAAAAAAUCUACAUGUACGUGCGUUUGCAUGGUCAUGCGAUGCUGCGCUGAACACAUAAGAUAGAAAUGGUUUCCGCAAAACUGUUUCUAAUUUUUCCGCUUAAAUUUUAACUACUACUAAAGGAAAUUCGGGAAACUGUUUGCAUCGUUGCAUGUAAUAAUGGGAAUAGUACGUGUCGUUCAUGCGAUCAUCGUCGGAUUUCGUCCAAGAGCAACACGAUUAACCUACAGCAAUUUCAUUUAGAGAAAGCACAUGUUUGUGCCGUUGAAUAUGUUACGGUAAACUUACGAUGCCGGCAAUAGUGUCAAUUAGAGCAGGAAUAUUUCCUUCAUUGAAAACAUUUCGUGAUGAACAUUAUGUAGGUUACAUUUCCCUAGACGCUAGUUUCUACCUUGCAAUCAGAUCCUACUGCAAUGGCCUGUGUCCAGUAAUGCCCAAUAUGAUUUGAUUCGCAACUCAUUCAACAGGGGUCGAAAACCAAUAGCGUAAAAUGUGUUUGUUGUUUUCGUGCGAAAAGGAACAAUAAAGUGUAGAGCGCAAUCAUCUACAGUUUAAUGCUACUAUCUGA